CUUAUUAACUAAUGCCAUUUUUCUCUGAUAUCAUAAUCAUAUCCCUGCCAGUGAAAUGUCUUGUAGCUUCACUAUUUGCCAAAAAGUAACAAAAGAAAAGGAAACAAAUUGAAGAAGGCCAAACAAAAAUGGCAGAGAAAUAAUGUGCACAUUUCUUCUGUUGAGUCAGAGGAAGAUGAUGUUUUAGAGCUCAAGCUUCUGUUUUCAUGGCUGCUUUUAGGCUCAUUCUUUCAUUAGUUCUUCUCUUUCUCUUCCUCCACUCACCAUUUUCAGUUUUAGGGAAGAUUAUAGCAGAAAUUAAGCAACAACAAGAACAAGAUGAACCCUAUGUUGGAGUAAACAUUGGAACAGAUGUACCAAACUUCCCAUCUCCCUCAGAUUUGGUUUCAUUUCUCAAGUUACAAAAGAUUAACCAUGUGAGACUCUAUGAUGCUAACCCUGAUUUGCUGAAAGCCCUGGCUCAUUCAAAGAUCAAGGUCAUAAUUGGGGUACCCAAUAACCAGCUUAUUGGAAUUGGAUCCUCCAAUGCCACUGCCGCGGCUUGGGUGGGCCGAAAUGUCGUUGCUUACUACCCGGAUACUGCCAUCAUCGCCAUUGCUGUGGGCGAUGAGGUCUUAACCUCGGUUCCUUCAACUGCCCCUUUGCUUUUCCCCGCUAUUGAGUCACUUUAUAGUGCACUUGUGGCCUCAAAUCUUCACACUAAGAUAAAGGUUUCUACCCCACAUUCAGCCUCACUAAUUUUAGAUCCCUUUCCACCUUCUCAAGCCUUUUUCAAUACUUCAAUGACUCAAUAUUUGUUGCCAAUUAUUAAGUUUUUGUCUAGGACUGAAUCUCCUUUGAUGAUGAAUUUGUACCCUUACUAUGUUUUUAUGGAGAAUAAGGGUGUUGUGCCAUUGGAGAACUCUUUGUUCAAGCCUAUAACACCUUCAAAAGAAAUGGUUGACCCGAAUACUUUGCUUCAUUACACGAACGUGUAUGAUGCAAUGAUUGAUUCUAUUUAUUUCUCAAUGAAAAACAUGAAUAUUUCCGAUGUUGUGGUGCUUGUGAGUGAGACCGGGUGGCCUUCGAAAGGCGAUUCCAAAGAGCCUUAUGCCACUAUGGAUAAUGCGGAUACUUACAAUUCCAACCUCAUUAAGCACGUUUAUGACAAGACUGGCACCCCAUCUCGUCCAGACACCACAUCUAGUGUGUAUUUAUAUGAGUUGUUCAAUGAAGAUUUGAGGUCGCCCCCAAUCUCAGAGGCCAAUUGGGGCUUGUUUUAUGGGAAUUCAACCCCAGUUUAUUUGUUACAUGUUUCCGGGAGUCGAACUAUCUUGGCUAAUGACACAACAAAUCAAACCUAUUGUGUUGCUAUGGAUGGGAUGGAUACAAAGACUUUGCAGACUGCAUUAGACUGGGCUUGUGGCCCGGGAAGGGCAAAUUGUAGUGAAAUUCAGCCGGGAGAAUCUUGUUAUGAGCCAAACAAGGUCCAGAACCAUGCUUCUUAUGCUUUCGAUAGCUAUUACCAGAUGCAAGGGAUGGCUGUUGGGUCCUGUGAUUUCAAAGGCGUUGCAAUGAUCACUACCUCUGAUCCUAGUCAUGGGACCUGCAUUUUUCCUGGAAGUAAGAGAGAAAGAAAUAAGACAGAAGUAGUAGUGAAUUCAACUGAAGCUACAAGUGGAAGCAAUCAAAUAAGUUCAAGUGAAUAUGCUCUCAUUUCUUUGUGUAGUCUUCUGUUUCUGUGUUUUCUUUCCAAUUUACCCUUUUAGCCAAGACUAAUUGAAGAUUUUGUGGUACAUAAUCAUAAUACUAGGUCAUUUUUUGGGCAA